AAGCGUUCAUACAGCGGACUGCCCGUGGAUGGACGCAGUGCGUGGGCUAUCUUUCUUAUUUGUUGUGCAGCCUUUAGAGGAAAGUUCACUCUUCCUGUAGAAACAAGUGAACGUUCUCUCUUGUUUUUUUUUUUCAAAUAGACAGAGCACACUUUCCCGACUUUCAUUUGAACAAUGUUUGCGUCUCAAAGCUGGAUACAUCUGCUCUCAAAGCCGUAGAGAAACUCUGAAGAUGAGAUAGAAAAAAGUAUUGCUUCAAAAGUAUUUCAACUCUCGAUGUCGGUUUAAAAACCUCCUACUGUGUAUCGAGGAGUCAGCAGCAUCUUUGGACACUUUUUGGACCGUUUCUCGUGGCCUCCCGUGUGCCAGUUUCGCACAGGUGAGCGGAUCUUGACUGUACGGCGUGUUUGUAGAUGUUCGGAGCCCAGGAGCAUCUGGCUGGAGAAGUUGCCAGUGUGAAAGAGCGAAGUUUUGAGGAAGAAAUGGAUUCGGUCCGAUCAUGGGUGCGGAAUGUCGGUGUUGUGGAUGCAAAUGUAGCAGCGCAGAGUGGAGUAGCCCUGUCCCGUGCACACUUUGAGAAACAACCCCCCUCCAAUCUGCGCAAAUCCAACUUCUUCCAUUUUGUGUUGGCCCUCUAUGACCGGCAUGGACAACCAGUGGAAAUUGAAAGGACAGCCUUUGUUGAUUUUGUGGAGCAUGAGAAGGAGCAGACGGGAGAAAAAACCAACAAUGGCACACACUACAAGCUCCAGCUUCUUUACAGUAAUGGUGUGAGAACUGAACAAGACCUUUAUGCUCGCCUUAUUGACUCUGUCACCAAACAGCCCAUCUCGUAUGAGGGACAAAACAAAAAUCCUGAAAUGUGCCGUGUCCUGCUUACUCAUGAAGUCAUGUGCAGCCGUUGCUGUGAGAAAAAGAGUUGUGGAAAUCGUAAUGAGACACCAUCAGACCCCGUCAUCAUCGACAGAUUUUUCUUGAAGUUUUUCCUCAAGUGUAACCAAAAUUGUCUGAAGACAGCAGGGAACCCAAGAGACAUGAGAAGAUUCCAGGUGGUCCUCUCAAGCACCGUUAGCGUGGAUGGUCAUGUUCUCGCUGUGUCCGAUAACAUGUUUGUCCACAACAAUUCCAAGCAUGGCCGCCGGGCACGUAGACUGGAGCCAGGUGAAACACUGGAAAAUCCCAUGGAAUAUGCUACCCCGUGUAUCAAAGCCAUCAGCCCCAGUGAAGGGUGGACCACAGGAGGCGCUAUGGUGAUAAUUAUCGGGGAGAAUUUCUUUGAUGGUCUGCAGGUCGUGUUUGGGAGCAUGCUGGUGUGGAGUGAGUUAAUCACUCCUCAUGCUAUCCGGGUUCAGACACCUCCAAGACACAUUCCAGGGGUUGUAGAAGUCACACUGUCCUACAAAUCAAAACAGUUCUGCAAGGGAGCACCAGGACGCUUCAUUUACACAGCACUGAAUGAGCCAACCAUAGAUUAUGGCUUUCAGAGACUUCAGAAGGUUAUCCCUAGACAUCCUGGGGACCCUGAAAAAUUGGCAAAGGAGAUGUUACUGAAAAGGGCAGCAGAUCUAGUUGAGGCGGUCUAUGGAAACACCCAUAGUAACCAGGACAUGUUGCUGAAAAGGGCAGCAGACAUUGCUGAAGCCCUGUAUAGUGUACCACGGCCUCACAGUCAGCUGCAAGCUCUGCCCAGCUCCCCAGUGCAUGGCAGUGUCAUGGGACUAAGCUCGUAUCCCUCCCAGCUGGGGGUCAGUAUUGGAGAACCUGGACAAACCAGUGGGCAAGGUUACAUGCGUAAUUCCAGUUUGUCUCCACGUGGCUACCCAUCUGCCUCCACUCCUCAACAGUCAAGCUAUGGAUCUGGAGGAGGCAUGAGUGGAGGAUAUGGAGCUGUUCCUAUGAGCAGUUUGGGUGUGCCAGGGUCCCCUGGCUUUAGUAGCGCCUCUCCAAACAGCUCUCCUUAUGUAAUGCCUUCCAGUCCCACUAUACCAGGAUCCAGCUCUACUUCCUCUCUCCUUCCCUUCUCAUCUUUUCCUUCCACUGCCAAACAGAAGAGUGCUUUUGCUCCCGUCCUAAGACCCCAGGGUUCACCUUCACCUGCCUGCCCAACCACAGGAGGCAAUGGCUUCAGAGCAAUGGCAGGUCUUGUAGUCCCACCAAUGUAAUGACUCCCAUCAUAUACUAAUCAACAUUCCACACAAAGCUCCUACAAGUGGAAAAGAAACUCCAGAGACUGAAUGACGUACACUGCAAGCUAUGGCAAGCAAUGGGACCUGUCUUCAAUAUAGAUGAAAAGAAAAACAUGGUGAAGCCACUGUUAAGUGAAUGCGACAAGAGGGCAACUUUGGGGAACUGUCAAGAUGUCACCUCAGAUGUUCUUCUCUUAAAGACAUGCAGAGAAAAAGGCCUCCUUUGUAUCUUCUUCUUAGCCAAGAGAAGAUUCACCAGCUCAUCAGUCAUUCAAGACUAUUUUUCUACACUUCAGCAGAUUCUGAGUCAUAUGCUCAAUGGAUUUCCAUCACAUUCUAGGAAGCAGGGUGCUAGCAAAUCUAACUCUCCAAAGCUUUUUCGAGGUUUAUGCAGAGGACAGGAACCUUGUUCACAAAGAUGUUUUACAAUGAUUUACUGAACAUUCCAUUUUGAGUCAUGAAAAACUUUAUUUUAUUUCUUAGCUCCAGAAUAAGGGAACUUAGGAACUUAUACUUUGUACCUCCCAGCGUUGUGAAUUGAUGACCUCAUAUAUUGACUUAUUUAAUGAAAAAUGCUAUAUAAGUUAUUAUUUUUAGGUUAAGUAAUAAUAUAAGCAACUUUUAUGAACCUAUUUGUAACUGUUAUGAACCUCUUCUAUGUUGCCAUUAUUGUUAUGUUACGAUUUUUUAAUGAAUGUUGUUAGUGUGUCAUUUUUAAGCCGAAAUGUUACCUGGAUAAAUCCUGAGUUCUUUUUCUGAAGAAAGAAAUGUAGCGAGUAUUUUUUUUAAACAAUUUACAAUGUGACACUGUACACUGCUUUAAAGAAUUCUGUUCAAGAGCAUAGAAAACACAGCUUCUUGUUGUUUAUCUAUUUAGAUAAUACUAAUGAGCUAAUUAUUCAGAGUAAGCAUGUACGUUCUUGAUGUAGUACAUACAGUAGGUACUACUAUAUAUGAAUCUAAAGGUUACAUUUAUUCAUUCAGAAAUUCUGGUACAGAGAUUUUGUGUAAAUUAAUUGAUUAUGGCUACAUUUUCAUUAGUAGUGCUUGGAAGAUUCAGGGUGUUAAUCUUUGUUUUUUUCCCCCCGCACAACCUCUGUAACUAUGCAGUAUUUGUUUAGGCUGAAACUAUGAGUGAUUACUGGUUUAAGAUAAACUCCUUUUCACCAUACUUAGAAACAUCAACAAAGCAAAUAAA